GGAAUCUCAUUCAUUACGUGCUCGACUCGACUCGACUCGCCUCACCUCACCUCAGCCAUCCUCGACUCGCCCUCAAUCUCUGCCUUCGACACGGUACCUCGUUACCAGCCUUCGUUGUGUUGCUGUAUAUGUUCCAGUCGUGGCCGCGAAAGCAUUCUCGCAGCUCUACGGCGCUUUUCUGUGUCAGACCCCCAACGCAUCAUUACGCUUGGCCCGCAGCACAGUCCAGGGGGUCCCCUAUCGCAUCUCAGAUAAGGUCCCGACAUCCACGCCUUACUCAAACGGCCCGUCUAGCCAUCUAAACGUCAGCAUCAGUGUCAGUAUAUACACACGCUCACAUCUUCCUCUGCAACUCCUACUGCAUUCUCCUCGAUUAAGUAUUGUUCUACCAUCAUGGCAUUCCGACAGCACAUGGCACGGCCGCAGCCCCGCUUAUCCUUCCCCGCGUCUGCACCACAACAGUCCCAGUCGGCCGCCGACCAGGGACCGAUUGCGUCGCCUCUCCGCAAACAUGCCCUAGAGGAUUCAGAAGAAUGGGUACUAUUCACUCCUGUAGCAGAGAGUACCAUCGCACAUACACACACAACAUCGACGGACCGCACUCGGACCGCCGGACUGUCACGUCUGAGCGACUUUGGCAGCUUAGAUACCGCAGCACGCUCCGAUCAGCAAGACGAGUACGACGAUCAACACACAGAAGGCUCAGACAGGGAGGAUGACGACCAUGAUCUCGACAGCCUGGAUGACGGUCUCCAUGCUUUUCACGACGAAGAUGCAGGGGACGCCAGCCGAAGGUUGGGAGGCAGCGCACAAGUGCUACCUACACAUGACGGCCUUGGGUCCUUUCCGGCGACUUCUUCGCUACUACAAGAUCAAAUCCGACAAUUUGAGAGAGUGACUCCAUCGAAAAGACAUCAGCGGCGGCGGUCAAGCGUGCAGCGACGGCUAGAUGCAUUGGAAGAACAGCAGGAGUUUCAUGUGGACGAUGAGAAGAUGCAGAGAAUAGAACGAUGGAGGUUGGAACAGAGCAGGGCGUUAUUGGAAGAAAUCGAACGGGAGACCAGGAGGAUGAGGAGGUCGAGCCAUAUGAGUACAAGAGAUGACAAGAGUCAAAUGAACGGCUCCACUGAAACGGAUGCUGCGAAACAAGCCACUGCAAAGUCUACACAGCAACCCUCAGAGCACACACAUCAGGAAGAAGACUCGAUGUCCUUCCUUCAACGGUUCACUCAAAGAGUCAUUCGUGAUCUCAUGGGGAUUGAUGAGUCACUUCUAUCUGUCAUAUUUGGAGAAGAGCUACCAGAGGAAGAUAUGUCUACGACCCCUACUCCUAACAACAUCACACUGAGCGAGGCUCAAAGGCAGAUGGACAAGGGCUCCGAGAACGAUGCGAUGUCUGCCGCCCCAAAGUCGUGGGAGCAUCGUCUACUUGAACGAAUAGCCCGUGAGCUUGGUAUCUUAGUGCACCAGCUCUCGGAACACCCUGGCGCUUUCAACACAUAUCUCCGCACUCAAGAGAGCAUACCUUAUGCCGGGCUAGAACUAGGACCAGCCGUCAGCAAUACCGAAGCUCAGACCGAAAGUCCCAUAGUGUCUGAAUCUCGACGCGCUUCCCUUCCACUGUCUUCCACCAACCAAUUCAAACCCACGUUACCCGCCGCCCAACGCCAACAGACCCCGGCAUAUAGCGAAGCAUCCCUUUGGGGGAUUGAAGAAGAAGAAGGCCCGGUAUCUUCAGCCAUUCCCAUUUCACCUACUGCUGCCGCUCACCCGUCCACGCGCCUUCAUCAGGAGCGGGAGUAUUGGGAGCGAGAUCUUGAUGCCAAGAUGGUUUUUCGGUUCCUUAUCAAACGCUUCUCACCCGACUCCAACAUCUCUUCGGCCCGAGCUGGCUCGCCGAUACUAUCUCGAACCCCCACAUCACAAUCUAAUCCUGCCCAUCGAGCUGCUAUCAUUCGGCAACACCAUCCUCUAGUCAACCGAAACAGUGAGAGUAAUGGUGCAGCGAACCCGGGUAUCAGGCGAAGAGAUGUACUUCAUAGACACCAUUAUCACCCCGCAGGUGUUCAGCCAAUCCGGCUCAGAUCAGGGAGUAGCUGUGCAAGUCAAAGCACCAAGAAGAGUAAACGCUCUCUCAGCGGAGGCAGUAGUCGAAACUACUGGGAUAUCGGUGGAUCCGUAGGCAGUGGCCCCGGUGUCGGCGCAUGGGGAGAAGUUUAGGUCACUUUUGAUCUUGGAGUUUACUAGCAUACCCCGUUGAGCGUUCUUUUCGAUCCCAACAUUUACAAGCAAGCAACCGGGAAUCUCACAUCAUCACUGGACCAUGGAGUCAUGCGCAUCCAUUCCCGUAUUUGUGUUCAAAUACUCUUCCUAUGCCCUCUUUCAUCGCCACGACCCUGUAAGACUAUAGAAUCAUUCUGUAUCAGCUAGAUAUGCAUGCGCGCGCUGUAUCCGCUCCUGAAAACCUUAUUUAGCAGAGUACGUGAGCGGUUGACGUACGAUGCAGAUAGUAACAAUCAUAUUUCUCAUCUUUAGUUUCA